AUGGAACCGUUUUUAGGAAAGUGGGAGCUACAGAAAAGUCAGGGUUUUGGAGAACUUUUGAAGCAACUAGGUGUGGACAAAAAAUAUUAUGAAAUUGUUGAUGACAUGAAAAACAUCGUCGAGUUUUCACAACUACAGCAGGGUCAAUACAAAUUUUGCAGUGAAAAUAAAUUACAAAAGACUGAGAUUGAAUUUAGCCUUGGAAAAGAGUUCCAGGAGAAUACUCCAGACGCCAAAAUCAUUAAAUCAAUCAUGACUAUCGAAAAUGGUGUCAUGAAGCAAGACCAAACCAGAGAAGGGAAAAAGUUCCAAACGCUGAGAAUGAUUGAAAAUGGGCAGAUGAAAACGGUCGCGCGAUUUGGUGACUAUGAGUGUGAAAGGUGGUACAAAAAGCUGUAA